AUGGGCUGCUGUUCCCGCGCGAGGUACUGCAACCCCUGGACAACCGUGCUUUCCGGGGGCUACUGUUCCUGUAUCUUCUCCUUCUGCCACCUCAUAUCCUUCUACCGCCUCAUAUCCUUCUACCCCCGCAUUUAA